AGAAUGUUGCUUUGUCUGCUUGCGUGUCAAUUUUCUGGCGCAUAUCCAUGAAGACAGACUCCUCACAGUGACACCUAAUCCUCCAGACGCCAUUGCAUUCCCCCUUGGUCGUUAAAAACUACAGAGAGUCUCCAUCUUCCACUUCGUCUUCUGCCCAAACAUUCGUUGCUAAAGGGAAGAAAAGAGAAAUCCCAGAAAGCAAUCCAUGGAGGCAGUGGCUCAGUUGAAGCUAACCCUUGUGCUUUUCUUUGCUGCUGUAUGUUUGGUUCUUGUGCCUUCCACUCAUGCCAAGGAUGUCAAAUACUGCGAUAAGAAAGGUGACUAUGUUGUGAAGGUGCGGGGUGUUGAGAUAUCACCCAGCCCGGUGGUGUCAGGCAAGCCAGCCACCUUUAAAAUCUCGGCUUCAGCCGAUCAAGACAUUGAUGGUGGGAAAGUGAUCAUUGAUGUUUCUUACUUUGGGUUGCACGUCCAUACAGAAAAGAUUGAGCUUUCAGAGGAGACGCCCUGCCCUAUUGAAGCAGGCAACUUUGUCCUCUCUCACACCCAAACUUUACCUGGAUACACCCCACCUGGCUCUUACACUCUUAAGAUGACAAUGGAGGAUGAUGACAAUCAAGUGUUGGCUUGCAUUAGCUUCGGUUUCAAAAUCAGCUUUGGAUCUCUGCUGUCUGCCGUACUUGAAUGAAUAGCACAUGGGUGCUUUGAUGUUUCCUUGGUGUGUUCCAUUUAGAAUUGGAUACCCAGUCUUGUGAGUAUUUUAUGUUUAUUCUCAGACAAAAAGAAAUUAGAAAUGUAAUUGCUACUUCCAAACA